GCCGGCGGGGCUCCGCGUCGUGGUGCGAGUGGGCGGAGGCGACGGCCGCUGGCUCGACGUGCGAGGCGGAGCGCGCGACAGUUGACUCGAGGAGCGGAUGUAAGUCAGAGUACAGCAGAAAAUGUCCACUGAACGGACUUCUUGGACAAGUUUGUCCACUAUUCAGAAAAUAGCACUGGGCCUCGGGAUCCCAGCCAGUGCAACGAUUGCCUAUAUCCUAUACCGCAGAUAUAGGGAAAGCAGAGAAGAACGGCUGACGUUUGUUGGGGAGGACGACAUCGAGAUAGAGAUGCGAGUUCCCCAGGAGGCUGUGAAACUCAUCAUUGGCCGGCAAGGAGCCAAUAUUAAACAACUGCGGAAACAGACAGGUGCUCGGAUUGAUGUGGACACAGAGGAUGUAGGCGAGGAGCGGGUGCUGCUUAUCAGUGGUUUUCCUGUUCAGGUGUGCAAGGCCAAAGCAGCAAUCCAUCAGAUCCUGACAGAGAAUACCCCCGUGUCUGAGCAGCUCUCAGUUCCCCAGAGAUCUGUGGGCAGAAUCAUAGGGAGAGGCGGUGAGACGAUUCGUUCUAUCUGUAAGGCCUCUGGAGCCAAAAUUACCUGUGACAAAGAAUCAGAGGGGACGUUGCUACUAUCAAGGCUUAUAAAAAUCUCAGGAACACAGAAGGAAGUGGCAACAGCCAAGCAUUUGAUACUGGAGAAAGUUUCCGAAGAUGAAGAACUUCGGAAGAGAAUUGCUCAUUCUGCAGAAGCCAGAGUCCCACGCAAGCAGCCAAUCAGUGUAAGAAGAGAGGAAGUGACAGAGCCUAGUGGAGCUGGAGAGCCCACUUUAUGGAAAAAUGCUGGUACUGGCAUGGAGCCGGCUGCACCACUGGCAGUUCCUCCCCACAAAGGAGGUGGCGACAUGGCUGUUGUAGGGCCAAAAGAAGGUUCCUGGGAGAAACCUAAUGAUAGCUUUCAGAAGUCUGGAGCCCAGACCAGUCCAGAGACAUCCAUGUUUGAAAUCCCCAGUCCUGACUUCAGUUUCCAUGCUGAUGAGUUCCUAGAAGUCUACGUCUCUGCCUCUGAGCAUCCUAAUCACUUCUGGAUCCAGAUCAUUGGCUCCCGGAGCCUGCAAUUGGAUAAACUUGUCAGUGAGAUGACGCAGCACUAUGAGAACAGUCUGCCUGAAGACUUGGCUGUGCAUGUAGGAGACAUUGUAGCAGCACCUCUUCCUACAAAUGGUUCCUGGUAUCGAGCCCGGGUCCUUGGCACCUUAGAGAAUGGGAACCUGGACCUCUACUUUGUUGACUUUGGAGAUAAUGGAGAUUGCCCACUGAGGGACCUCAGGGCACUCAGGAGUGACUUCCUAAGCCUUCCAUUUCAAGCAAUAGAGUGUAGCCUGGCACGGAUUGCCCCCUCAGGUGAACAAUGGGAAGAGGAAGCUUUGGAUGAGUUUGAUAGACUCACUCACUGUGCUGACUGGAAGCCUCUGGUGGCCAAGAUCUCUAGCUAUGUCCAGACUGGAAUCGCAACUUGGCCCAAGAUAUACUUAUAUGAUACUAGCAAUGGGAAGAAACUUGAUAUUGGGUUAGAAUUAGUUCGUAAAGGAUACGCAGUUGAGCUUCCUGAAGACAUGGAAGAAAACAGAGCAGUCCCAAACACAUUGCAAGAUAUGGCCACAGACUUGGAUAUCUCUCUUAGCAGCAUGUUCACUGAGACCAAGAAGAGCCCUGGAGAGAUAGCAAAUACCCUGUCCUGUCUCAGCUUAUCAGAAGCUGCCUCUAUAUCUGGUGAUGAUAACCUUGAAGAUGACUACUUACUCUGAAGUUGGCUUCAGCUGCCUCAGCCGUCUGCUUUGCUGUGAUUUGGUGCCUGGAGAGAGGAGCCUGUGAUGAAGAGGUCUUUGCAGUCCUUCCUUUAUUACACACACAAUCUGUCUUGCUGUGAACCAAGUGCAUUUUCUCCUUCUGCUGAACUACCAGAAAGAGUGUGGGGUAGAGGGGAGACAAAUAUAUGUCCCUGCCCCACCUCCUCAUCCCCCUUCCAGUGUUUGAAUACUGCUGCAUUACUUCCAGGCUGCUCAACAUCUGGCUUGUUCCCCUCUGCUGGUCAUAAUGCACAUUACUGCUAGACUGUGUCCUCCUUGAGGCUAGGAAACAGCCAGGGUUUGGUCGUUGGAAGUGAUGAUUCUGCAGACUUCUGACUCACCUCAUCAGGUGACUCUGGUUAAGGGAAGCUUUUGAGUGGUGAACUCAAAGACUAUAGUUGAGUCAGGAGGCAAAGGCAAAACUCAGCAUAAUUAUAUUAAAAAGCCUCAGAAAGAAGAGAAUACUGCCUCCCAGCCUCAGCCGCUGGUAUGUUAUUGGAGACAGGUUUUUUUGAAACAGUGCUCCAGCUAUUUCCCUGUAAACUUUGGUUAAACUACAAGUAGACAAGGAAGAGCAGCUCAGGAAAUAUUCUGAAUUGCUAGUAUAGUAUCAUAUAUACACACACACAUCCAUAAAGAGAGAGAGAGGACAUAGAUAGCUGUUUAAAUCAUUUGAGGGAUUCUUUGCUGAAUAAAGUUCUCAAGAAAACUAAGUGUUGGUUGAAUCACAAGGUGAAAGCAAGCCUAUCGAUAUCUUUUUUGUCAAGCACCUCAUGUAGAGGGGCCCCUCGAAAACAGGUGUCAUUCCUAUGCACACAUCAUAUUCUUUCCCCAAACUUCAGAAUCAACCAUUCACUAAGAACCAGAACCAGUUUAGGUUUAGGCUUUGUAAAUUAAGACCCUACCUAAACUAUUUGGAAGAAAAGGCCUGGAUUAUGAUUCUAGAAACCUGAGUUCUAGGAUUAUAUCUCCACUCUAAACUUGUAAGACCUAGGGAGCUUGUUUUCUUAUGGCAUCUCUCCAUUUCUGACUAUUGUUAGGAUCCAUUGAGAACUGUGAAGGUACUUUAAAUAAAAUGUAUAAUGUAGGUGGUAGAAUAAUGACAAAUCAACAUUUUUUUUAAAGGAUAAGGUAAACUGGAAAACUUAAAACUAGCACAAAGGAUGCCUUAUGCAUGAUUUUUUACAUCUAGGAAUUAGUGAGGUGUGCCCAUAGACUACAUGGCAACUAUAUUUUCCCAUAGCCACAAUUUUCAAAACUAUAUUUUCUCAGAAAAAUCACAGUACCAAUUAACAGAAAGGCUCCAGUGCAAUCAGUGAAGGGCUGCCGUUGACUGGACAUUUCAGACCUUGGCUGCAGUGAACUCACUGAAGCAAGCUUAGCCCUGGAAUUGGAGCUACUCCACAACAGGGUCAGGAGGCCAGUUAGUCCCCCGUUUCUUCAGCUCCUCAGGCUUUACUCUUAAGAGAGCUCCUGAGAGAAAUCAUUCAUAGGACUUAUUGCUCUGGAAAAUGAGUAGUUUCAUUGCUAGCUGCAGUUACUGUGUAUCAAAGUCUGUUCCUUUGAUACGGCCUUUAAGUCUUAAGUUUACAUGCCAUUCUCAUGGAUUCCUUAUUCCUCCAGUAGAACCCUGCUUUUUCCGCUGCCUGGAAUGUCCUCUUCUAUGCUUCCUAUUUUUUAUUUUGUCGGUUGAAAUCCUCCCCUUGAGCCCAAAGCUCCAUGUACCUGGUCUGAUUUCCUCCACGUCCAAAGAGAAGGAAUUAGCAUUUGUCUCCAAUCUGAACUGAAAUAUAUGGAUGAA